AUGAGCUACCCACCACCCCAUAACGGCCCAUAUCCUUCGCAGUAUAUGCAGCAACCCCCCAAUCUGCCGCAUCACCAGCAGACCAUCCACCCGCAGCAGCUACUGUACAACAACAAUGUCAACACGAGCGCUUCGCCAUAUCAAUAUGGGAAGCCGGUGGUCUAUCCCCAGGUCAUGAUCCCGGCGUAUCCUGCUUACGCGCAGACUUAUAACCCGCAGCCGCCGCAACAACAGCAACCUCCUCCUCCUCCACCUCAACAGCCUCCACCCCAGCAGCAGCCGCAACAGCAAUAUGUGAAUCCGUCGGAUCUGUUCAACCCACCACCGCUUGCUUCUACCUCGCCUCCCCAGUUCACCAAUAGUCCGUCUCAAUAUGCCGCACAACCAGCGGUGUCUGUUGCAGGCAACAGCCGCUCCCCAGUCCUCCCUACUUCUACCCCCGCCCCAUCCACGUACUAUGCCGCCCCAGAUCUAAACCAAGCGAAUCAAACUCCCAACAAUUACCCUCAACCUACAUCUACGACGCCCUCAGUUCAAGUCCCGACCCCCGCUGCUGCUGCUGCCCCUGCGGCUGCGUCUCCUGCCCCUCCUCCUACUGCUAAACCUGUUGCUGCCAAACCCGUCCCUGUUAAGCCCGCGGCCAAACCUGUCGCUCAAACUCCCCCAGCACCAUCUCCUAAGCCUGUCCAGGUGUUAAUUCCAGCUCCUACCCCAGAAGUGCAGCAGAAGAUCCAGCGCCCUCCCCCUAAGAAGCAAGUGCAGCGACAAACUGGCCAAAAACCUACCCAAAAAUCAGCAGGCGCACCGAUCGACUAUCAAGUGCUGCUGUUGGCCAUGGCUGAUGAGUAUCUGAAUGCUGCUCACAGUCAUGGCACGUUGGUAGCCUUGUUAAGACGGGAAAUGGAGAUGGACGAGUAUUACAAAUUAGUUGCUACAGGUCUUGGUUGCUUGGAAGCCGUUCUCAAGAACUGGCGGCUUCAGCCCCGGGUUGAAGCUCUAGUCCGAUUACGCUAUGCCCGUAUAUUGUUCGAGGAAACAGACAACGACCUUGAAGCGGAGACAGCAUUAAGCAAAGGUAUUGACCUUUGCGAAAGGAAUCGGAUGCUUGAUUUGAAGUAUAGCAUGCAGCAUUUGUUGGCGCGAAUGCUGUACAAGACAAAUCCAAAGGCCUCGCUGAAAGCUGUUGAUGGGAUGAUUCAAGAUGUCGAAGCGUAUCGCCACUCCGCCUGGGAAUACGCUUUUCGUUUUCUUCGAGUGUCUCUUUCACUUUCCUCGUCGGCCCAUCAAGAUUCAGUGUCGGCACUGCAACACCUUCACAAGAUUUCCACCAUGGCCAGCCGCAAUGGCGAUAGGGCUGUCUCAGCCAUGUCUGCGAUAAUUGAAGCUCUAGCGCACCUUCAGCAAGGAUCCGGGUUUGACUCGGUCGAGCAAGCCCAGCGUGCAGUAGCAGUAGCGCGGAGUCACCAACUCAACGACGAGCUCCGACAUAUUCCACAGCUAACGACUCUAGUCCAAAUUGUCGAUAUUUGCUGCAGUCUACUUGAAUACGACAUCAAUCAAUCAUCGCAAAAGCUGAAGAUGCUGCAAGAUUUGAUGGACGAACGCUUAAACGACUCGAAUUGGCGCAGCGAUGGAUCAUUCUCAAUCCCAUUGAAUGGCAAGUCGGCCGGACCGUCUUCCAUUGACACCGGGGACAUCCUCCAGGUCCAGAGUGGCACGCUGCUGUUAAGCUUCAAUUGGCUACCUCAGCACGAUCUCUACGCGCUUUGCUACUUCCUCAGUUCGAUCACACUGAGUUGCAAAAACUCGUAUGAUGGACGUAAGGCAGAGAAGUUCCUGCAGGAGGGCACUCGUAUGUUAAAGGGAAGUUUCAAGGCGCCACAAGAGAUCACAGAAUCGGUGGUAAGUGCGAACAGACGCGUUCAGUGGCGCAGGGUUCUCUACUGCAACCUGCUCGUUCAGCAGGUUUUCCUUGCUUGCGGUCGCACAGAUUGGGAGCUAGCCAGCAAAACAUUGAAGGAACUUCAAGAAGAAGGUCAGGAGCUUGGCGACCAGCUCCCAGAUACCGUUGAGUGCCUAAUGGAGUAUGCUACUGGUGCUAUUGCGCAAGCAACCGGCGACCUCACCGCAGCUCUGAACGCCUUUCAAUCCCCUCUUCUCUCAUUAUCCACCAACUUCAGCAAGACGGCGCGCAAUGAGCCACGCCGCGACAUCGCCAUUCUCGCCGCUCUCAACACCGUUCUCAUCCUCCGCGAUCCCACCCAUCCCUCUCACUCCCACCUACCCGCCGUCUUAUCUACUGUGGAAUCAUUCUGCACUGGCAGUCCCAACAAGUACAUCCAAGCAGCAUACUACCUGGUCUGCGCCACCGUCCAGACCGAGUCCACGAUCCAAACGAAGCAAUACCUACAACAAGCCCUCCAAUCCGCCACGGCAAUCAGCAACAGUCAAAUCACCUGCAUGACCCUAACCUUCAUGAGCUGGAAAUACUUCCGUGGCGUCGUCGGCGAACAAGCCGAGAAAAGUGCCCGAGCGGGCCGCGCCAUGGCUAAGAAAGCCAACGACCGGCUCUGGGUCAGCGUCACCGACGAAAUGCUAGCCGAAACGCUAGAGCGUCAAGGAAAGAACGAGGAGGCCAAGGGUGUACGGGAAGAAGGUCAUCGCGUAAUGAUGGGAUUGCCGUCUGCUUUGAAGAGGCCCGUAUGA